UGGUUUUUCACCGCAAUGCAACGACAACGUCCACCUAAAUGCCAAUUAAUCGAGUGGUCGCGUUGUUAAAGCUACCGUUACAAACGCUUCGUACUUGUUGGGCUCUGUAGCUGACGUUAUAAAGUUAGCUAACUAGCUUACAGCAAAUCUAAUUCAGUUGGCGUGAAACACACCUGUACAAGGUAGGAGUGCUAAUUAAAUUUAAAAAACAUUUCAAACUAAACUACAAGCUUUAAAAUGUACUAAAACGAAUUGCUGCACUGCGCCUCACACUUAUCAUUUGCUUGACGAAGGAUUUGUCUCAGAGUAUGCUUCUAACAUGCUAUUCUACACAAAGUAAUGAUAGCUGGCUGCAAAGUCGUUACUGUAACGUUAAUGCAACGUGAGAUAUAACGUUAAAUAUAACCAUCAUCUUCUCUUAACAGUGUUGGAGGAAGUUAUCAGAUCCCCUUAGAAAGUAUCAGUAGUGUUAGUUUUAACACACUGUUAACUACUCCGUUACAAGUGAAUAUCCUGCAUUUAAAAACGAAUUUUAGUGAAGGUUACUUGGGUAAAUAUAAUAAGGAAAUUGUACUUAAAGUAUUAAAGGUAGAGGUACACUAAAAAAACAAAAAAAAUGGUUAACUUGUAUUACUCAUGCAUUUAUGUGUUAUUUUUAGUUGGUUAAGUCGGAGCUACUAAGGACUGCAACUAAUGAUUAUUUGUAUAAUGGAUUCAUCUGCUUAUUGUUUUCUUGAUUAAUAAGUAGAUUGCUUGAUAUCUAAAACUUCUGAAAAUGGUGAGAGAGUGCCCUUCACAGUGCUUGGUUUUGCCGAUCAAUGGUCCAGAAUUCAAGAUAACAAUUGACAGAAAAAGCAGAAAAACUUAACUGGGACUAUGAAAUGUUUUUGCUUUGUAUGCAAAAUAUCUUAUUUUGUAAAGUAACUAGGUACUAAAGCUGACGUAUACAUGCAGUGCUGUAAAAUACACAAUAUUUCCCUCUGAAAUGUAGUGGAGUAGAAGUACAAAGUGUCAUGGAAAGAGUUUCAUGUAAAUCAAAUUUGUACUUAGGUAUGUUCUACCACUGACUCUUAAUAUAAAUACAAUUUAAGAAACAGAUUAAAUGUGCUGUGGUCUUGUUUUAGACAUUUGAGGAUUUUUUUUGUUGCCUCUGAAUGCCACAGCUAAUGUCAUGUUUAACCACACACUAACGGUUUUUGACCAGGUAUGGCUGACGACCCUCAAAGAAACUUUCGCUCUUCAUAUUAUGAGAAAGUGGGCUUCAGAGGAGUGGAGGAGAAGAAGUCUCUGGAAAUACUGCUCAAGGAUAAUCCUCUGGAUCUAGAAAAGCUGAGCACCUUCAGUCAGAGGUUCCCCCUCCCCUCUAUGUACAGGAUGCAUGUGUGGAAGGUGUUGUUGGGAAUGCUACCUCCCCACAGUGACUCUCACACUAUGGUGGGAGGCUACAGGAAAGAGCAGUACCACGACAUCCUGGAGGCUCUGGAGGUGAUGAGAUACGUCAACUCUUCCACUCCCUGCACCCAUGUCUACCUGCGCAUGUUCCAGCUGGAGAGCCAGGUGCUCCCACGGUGCUCUGAGAUCUCAGCCCCGGAUGAAGAGAACGAGGACUUCCUCUCCAUCAGUCGAGCCAUGGAGGAGAUCGUAGAUGAUCCCAUCGACUGCUAUUGGCUGAUCAAGUGUUUCGUCAAUCAGUUCCACACAAAGUUUGGGGACUCAAUACCCCACCUUCCGAAGAGCCUGGAGCAUUAUCUGAGUCAGGAGGAACCUCGACUGCUGAAGCAUCUGAAGAACACUGGAGCCCUGGCUCAGCUGCCUUACAGCCUCUGGUUCAGGCGCUGCUUCGCCGGUUGCCUUCCUGAAUCCAGCCUGCAAAAGUCAGUGGUGUGGGACAAGGUCAUCAGUGGGUCCUGUAAAAUCCUGGUGUUUGUGGCCCUGGAGAUUCUGCUGAGCUAUAAGAUCAUGUUGCUGGGAAUCACCCGGCCUGAAGGCGUGGUCAGGUUUCUGUGCAAUAUACCGCAGGAAAACACAGAUGCAAUUGUGACUAAAGCUAUCGAGCUGUGGCACAAAUAUUGUGGCACACCAAUGCACGCUGUAUAGUCAACAUGGAGCUCCCCACACAACGGAAAUGUGGGCCCAGAGGUGAGAUGCUCUCCCAGGAUGCAUCAGGAUUGACUCUGACAUUAUGGAUGAGUCUCUGCAGGACUGAACGGAAAAGUCAACAUGAGCUACUUUCAAUAACUCCGAGGACUUUGGAGCCAAUGCUCUCUUUGACUCUCAGCUUUCCCCCAAAGAAUGUGAUGAACUAUACGUGGAACAGACUGAAAACAGCUGCUAUGCAGAGUGGAUGCAAAAACAGUUUGGACAAAGACAAGGAAGCAUGAACUUAUUGUUUAAUAAGUUUCUUUCUUUAAGAAACGUCAUACAUCAUAGAAGACUCACAAUAAAUUAAUACCCACAUGCAGUUUUUCUGCUUUACAAAAAAACAUUUGGAAAGUCUUGCUUACUUUCUUUGCUAUGUACAAGUCUUAUAAUUCUGAGUACAUUUCUUUCAAAACAUUUUUAAACGUACAAGAGACAGUAAUGAUACCGACACUUGUACAUACACACUUAAUCAGUCAUAACACACGCAACAGAUCAACCGGUUCUUUCAAUAGUGUGGUCAAAACACUAUAGUGUGGUUUAUGAACCUAAUAAGGACUGUAAACAAUAAAAAGUAAAGUGGCAAAUUUCAUAUUUUGUACCACCAAAGAUUAAUCUCGGACAAUAAAAAAAUGAAAUGCAAAAAAAAAAAAAAAGUCUACCGUGUACUUUUGCAGAGUUCGGUAACUUUUUGCUGUGUCUCCAGAUAAUUUAGCAACUUCUAAAUCCCUGUAAACAAUACUGUAGGCACAGUGACACGGUGGGUUACUGAACGCUCAACAGCAGUCACUCUGAGAUGCAUUCAAGAUCGCGACUUGCUGUGCUUUAAAAUGGAGAUCUGAAGUCUGAAAAGUGUUUGGAGCUCCUGAAUGCAGCCCAGAUAUAGAUGUGCAAAUGAAAAAAAAAUCUGAAAUUAUUGCUCAGUUGAUUGUGUAUGUGGUAGAAGGAGAGCUAAAUUCUCACUGUUACUGGCUUGCAGAGAGCAUUUUAGGACUUUAGGUCAUUUUGGCUUAAGAUUCAGCUGCCAUUUUGAUUCCUCUGGCAAAUUAAGAAGCGAUCAUUGAGACGUCAUCUGUGGAAUAAAACUGUGCCAACACAAGAAACCCCCGAAGGAAAGAGAAAGUCCAGUUGAGAGAGGACACUAAGAACAUUGUGAAAGGCAAGAAAACAAUCCCUGUGUAAAAUAAAGUCCCAUCUUCACCUCCUCGAAAUUGGCACAGAUUCUGUGCGACUAAAGCGGUGUUCAAAAACAAAGUGCUGCAAAGUAAACAAAUGGCCGCCUCUUCAGCUUAAGAGAAAAGAAAAGUGUUUGAAUAUUAAGAAGUCUGUAAAAUCUCCACUGAGGGGAGAGACGCCAGUUCAGAGUUGAAUCCAUUUAUAAAAGCUCAUGUUUCCUGUCACGGCCACAGCACACGGAUUGUGUUCACGUCCACUCCGUCAGUUUGAAGUCGAGGCUGGGGAGCGUAGCAGUGUGAGGGCAGCAGGUAGCGGUCGGACCGCUUCAGGCUCGUCGUGAGAGUAUAAAAGCACGGCCGAUUGUCUGCCUGACCCAUCUCACGGCCGAUGAAACCUGCAGGGAGAAACGGCAACAGAGAGAAAGUGAGGAACUUUAUUGAAAUGCUGUUAGGGUGGUUUUUCACCAUCUAACUAAAAUGGAAGUAUUCUCCAUGUCUGUCCUUCCUUUUUAUCAACUCAGUAGUUUUUGUCUCUUUAAACUAUAAAGAGCUACAUCACCGCCUGGUAUGGCAGUUGCACUGAUCUCAUCCGUAAGGCUUUAAGAAGGAUGGUGAAAACUGCUGUGUGUGCGUUUCUCAUUGUGGAUAUACAUUUACCAAAUUCCUGUUUAUAUUCAUUUUAUUUAUAUGCAAUAUUGCCAAUGACAAAUAUAUAUUACUUGUAUUUUAGCCCUACAUUUUCAGUUACACUAUGUAAGAUUUUCAUUUUGCUUUUAUUUAAGUGAUUUUCCUUUUUUGAAAAUACAUAUUUAAUGAACAGUGUUAGGCGGAACCUCAGAUGUCAGAUUCCCAUGGCCAAUGACUGCUUUACUGUAUUUGUUGUUCAAAUAAUAAAGAACUUGAAACUGUAUUUCU